AUGACUUCAGCCGGACCAGCCGGCCGAACUAUCAAGUUCGGACCAUUCGAGGUGUCAAAUCAGGUCUUCCUCUCAACACCACACUCUUUCGCGCUGGUCAACCUCAAGCCUCUCAUUCCUGGGCACGUCCUUGUUUGUCCGCACAAGCCACACAAACGUCUUACAGACUUGACGCCCGUCGAGACGGCAGAUCUAUUUACAACGGUGCAGCUCACGCAGCGCCUUAUGGCGCGCGCGCACUUCCGUACCCCCGAACCCGAGUCCGGGAGUUUCUCGAUCGCCGUACAAGACGGCGCUGAUGCAGGCCAGACGGUGCCGCACGUGCAUGUUCACGUUGUCCCGAGGACAGCAGGAGAUAUGGAAACCACGGACGCCGUGUAUGUUAAGCUCGCGGGUGAGGAAGGUAAUGUCGGUGGGGCGUUGUGGGAUCGUGAGCUUGGAGCCAGACCACAGCCAGGUGGAGGAAUGAGCCAAGUUGACGAUGAAGAUCGAGAACCGAGGAGCGCAAAAGAGAUGAUGGAAGAGACGGAGCAGUAUAAGGCGAUGUUGAAGGAGAUGGGUAUCGAGUAA